GAACAUUAGCUCGACAUGCUGUUGGAACAUUCUCCAAGCGUCAGGUAAGUUUGAUGAACGCCCGAUGACUCUAUUUUAUUAUUUUGAUUCUUUCUACCUGAUACCAUGUUAAAUUUCCACUUAACUGUCACUCGUAGUGUCUAAUUAAAGGAAAGGGAUAGACAACCAAUAUUGAAUUGACUUGUUUAUUUUCGCCAUCUCGAUCCAAAAGUAACGUACGUGCGCUUGACGUAAACUUACGUGACCUUUAUGCCAAUGAUGUAGCAUGUGAUAGGCUAGACGUAAUCACACUGAACAUAAUAUAUCCUAGCAGGAUAUUACAUCUCCCUUCUUUCGAAUAUAACAGUUGUCUUCCCUCCACGGAUCAAGCCCUAUCUAACUGAGAGCCAUGUCCUCCUCCUCUCUUCUGUGCUGCCUGCUGGUGGUGUGUGUUCUGACUGUGGUCCAGAUCUAUGCAGCAGAGGAACGUAAGGUCCUCAAGGUGUUCAACCUCCGUGCCAGCGACCUGAACAGCGGCUUGUUCCAGACUCCUGAUGCCUACGUCAAGGUGUUUAUGGGCUCCGGCUACGGUGGGAAGACAGAGGUAAAGAACGACAACACUGACCCCUGGUGGAAGGAGGACUUCAACUUCUUCAGCGCCCGUGAGAACGACCCCCUGAGGCUGGAGGUGUACGACUCAGACGUGAUCUUCGACGACCUGCUGGGGACCUGUGAGCGCUCCAUCAAGAACGGAACUUGGCAGCAUAGCUGCUCCAUCAAGAGGGGAGGGAUCCUGUCCUACUCCUACACCCUAGAGCCUCUACAGUAGACCCUGUACUACUCCUACACCCUAGAGCCUCUAAAGUAGACCCUG